UCCUGCCCCUUUAUCCACCGCCACCUAAUUCCAACAAAUUUCGAUCUCCAUCGAUCGAUUCCUCCCGAACCCGACCCGACCCGACCCGACCCCCAUGGCCUCCGACGCCGCCGCUGCCGCCGAGCCCUCCUCCGGCGACACCCAGCGUCCCCCGCACUACGCCAUCGGGUACGCGCUCGCGCCGAAGAAGCAGCAGAGUUUCAUCCAGCCGUCGCUGGUGGCCCGCGCGGCGGCGCGGGGCAUGGACCUCGUCCCCGUGGAUGCGUCGCGGCCCCUGGCGGAGCAGGGCCCCUUCCACCUCCUCAUCCACAAGCUCUACGGCGACGACUGGCGCGCCCAGCUCGAGGCCUUCGCCGCGCGCCAUCCGGCCGUGCCCGUCGUCGACCCGCCCCACGCCAUCGACCGCCUCCACAACCGCAUCUCCAUGCUCCAGGUCGUCUCCGAGCUCGACCACGCCGCCGACAAGGACCGCACCUUCGGCAUCCCCAGCCAGGUCGUCGUCUACGACGCCGCCGCGCUCGCCGACUCCGGCCUCCUCGCCGCGCUCCGCUUCCCGCUCAUCGCCAAGCCCCUCGUCGCCGACGGCACCGCCAAGUCCCACAAGAUGUCCCUUGUCUACCACCGCGAGGGACUCGCCAAGCUCCGCCCGCCGCUCGUGCUCCAGGAGUUCGUCAACCACGGUGGCGUCAUCUUCAAGGUCUACGUCGUCGGCGGCCACGUCACCUGCGUCAAGCGCCGCAGCCUGCCAGACGUGUCCCCCGGGGACGACGCGUCCGCCCAGGGAUCCGUCUCCUUCUCUCAGGUCUCCAACCUCCCCAACGAGCGCACCGCGGAGGAGUACUACGGCGAAAAGAGCCUCGAGGACGCCGUCAUGCCGCCGGCCGCAUUCGUCAACCAGAUCGCGGGCGGCCUCCGCCGCGCGCUUGGCCUACAACUCUUCAACUUCGACAUGAUCCGGGACGUCCGCGCCGGUGACCGCUAUCUCGUCAUUGACAUCAACUACUUCCCGGGCUACGCCAAGAUGCCGGGAUAUGAGACUGUCCUUACUGAUUUCUUCUGGGAGAUGGUCAGUAAGGAGGAUGGUGUGGUCCAGGAGAAGGGGAGCAACCAUGUCUCGGUGAAAUAAGACGAUGGUUUGAUUGCAAACCUGCAAGUGUCUUGGGAAUGCUGCUGGUUCUGGAUGCAGAAUUUGAUGAGGGGAUUCAACCGGCAGCACGUGGAGGACCUGCGCCCUGCUGUGUUAUGUUUAGUCAGUCCCUGUGACCCUGUCGCAGAUCAAUGGUCGUUGCUGACAUUGCGAUUGGUCCUCCGUUGCUGAUGUAUCACUAAUUUCUACGAAGUUUUUAGAUAUUUUAUUGUGCACAGGCUGCCUAACAACGGGUCUCAAUCUACAAGAACAGAAAGCAGUACCUCUGUGGGAAGUUGGUGUUUUCUGGUGUUCCAUUCUGAGCAAAGUUUCGAAUGUGAGACUGAGUCUAGGUGGAUGAGCUGUCCUAUAAAUGAGUGGUUUCAGGUGGUGACCUGAAAUCCAAUUGAAUCUGUUAACAAGCAUUUCUUUUCUGUUUUACUCC